CCACAAACAUGGAUCAAAUAACAGGGAACAUCAUUCUUGAAGAUUUUGAAAUAGAUUACAAUGACAGUGUGACAGAAGGACCUCCUGAUCCAGUACUGUACACCUGCGACAAUGAAAGUAACCCACUGCAUCUUUUUCACACCGUGUUUCAACCUCUUGUAUAUGGUGUGGUUUUUCUCCUGGGCCUCACAGGAAAUGGCCUCCUCUUGACCGUUCUGCUUAAACGGCGGAGGAACCUGCGCAUCACAGAGAUCUAUCUGCUACAUCUGGCACUGGCUGACCUGCUCCUCCUCAUCACUCUACCGUUUGCGGUUACUGAAGGGGUGGCCGGAUGGCUUUUCGGAAACUUCCUAUGCAAGCUAUUGGGCCUUGUUAAUCGCCUAAAUCUGGUGUGUGGGAGUCUGCUUUUGGCAUGCAUUGGCUUCGAUCGCUACCUCGCCAUUGUGCACGCCAUCCCCAGUCUCCAGACCCGUCGACCUAAGACCGUUCACCUCACCUGUGCACUGCUCUGGCUCCUGUGUCUAUUUGUGACCUUUCCCAAUAUGGUGUUCCUGUCUGUGGAGAAAGAUAAGAACAACCCUUCCAGAUUAUUUUGUUCUUACAACAGCCAUGCCAUCCAUGCAAGCAACUGGAUGCUGACCAGCCGCUUCAUCACACACCUGCUGUGCUUCUUUCUGCCUCUGGUGAUCAUGGGGUACUGCUACACAACUGUAAUCAUCACUCUUUGCCAAAGCCAGAGAAGUCUGGAGAAACAAGGAGCUAUUCGACUGGCCCUACUGGUUACACUGGUUUUCUGCUUGUGCUGGUUACCAUAUAACAUCACCAUUUUCAUGAAUACCUUGGUGGUGUUGGGUGCCAUGCCGGAGACCUGUCAUACUCGCAACACAUUGCAACAGGCGAUAAUAGUCACUGAGAGCAUUGGCUUCUCCCACUGUUGUCUGAAUCCAAUCUUGUAUGCCUUCAUUGGGGUCCGUUUCCGAAGAGACCUCCUGCAGUUGCUUGCAAAGAUAAAGUGUCUGCGUGUAUGUUUGUCAGGUCAGCGCACAAAAAAUUUGAACAGAUUAUCUGUCUCAGAGGCUACUACAAGUAGCCAGUACAUCUAAUAGCAGCUGGAAAAA